AUGGAAAACGUGUAUAAAAUAAAAUCACUGGCUGAAGAAUAUGCAGGCAUUGGACUAAGCGAUGACUUAACAAAAGAACAAAGACAGGAAUACAAGAUGCUGAAGACCGGUUGGAAGAUGGAAAAUAGUGUCGUUUCCAAUGAAAACGAAACAAAACACACCAGUAGCAUAAGCACGGAAGAGGUGAUGUCUAGAAAUGAUGUGAUGAGUGAUUGUAAUGUAUUGCUGGGAAUGUUAAACAUUAGAUCAAUUAAUUCAAACUCGGAUAAAGUUUACAAAAUGAUUCAAGACGGCUUAGACAUUCUUGUUUUGGUAGAAACGUGGCAUGGUUCCACAGAAAAUGUAUCAGUAAAGUCAUCGAUGCCACCUGGGUUUAGAUAUGUGGAUUUCUUGAGGUUGAAUGAUCCGCAUCAUGGGGGAAUAAUAGUAUUCUUUAAAUCAAACUUCAAAUAUAAAAAGAUUGAUCUGCCUCCUUUUGACACGUUCGAAGUUGUCGCUCUCAAAUUUGUUAUAAACAGUAAAGAUUUUGUUUUGUUAUCUCUAUACAGACCUGGUUCAGUUCAAGUGAAUGCAUUAUUUCUCGAAGAAUUGUCAAAAGUUUUAGAUAACAUAACACUCCUAAGUUCGAGCAUAUUGUUGGUUGGUGAUUUUAACGUUCACAUUGAAAGAUGCAAUGAUCGUCACGCAAACAGACUACUUGAUCUAUUUGAAACGUUUAAUUUAACCAACCUGAUCAGUGAGCCAACACACGAACGAGGUGGAACACUCGACCUGGUUGUUUGUUCUGAAAAUUUUCAUGUUUUAAUUAGUAAUAUAUUUCCUAGUGGUGUGUACUCCGACCACAGUUUGAUACAUGUUAGCAUACCAAUUAAACGAAUAUGUCUUAAAAAAAGUUCGCAGAUUAGCUAG